AAAAUCAUAUCGUAAACUCGUCGGGAAGUUGCGUAGGAGUAUGUUUUAGUUUUAGCCCUUCACGAGAACAAAUACUUGGCUUGGUUGAACCGAAUAGACGGACCACCCACCCCUUCCGCCGCCGGAGAUCCCCCAUGGCGGCGCCGGUCGCCGGCGUCGUGCGGCUCGCCGCCGCAUCCCGCUUGCUGGUCCUGGCCCUCUCGCUGCUCUCCCGCCUCCUCUUCCGCCCCUACGAUACCUCCGCCUCGCUCCACCCGCCCUGCCUCCUCCCGUCCAACGCCUCCGCCUCCGCCGACGACGACCCGGCGCCGACCGUCUCCUCCCUCGCCGUGUGGGACGGCGUCCACUUCCUCCGCGCCGCCGAGUGCGGCUACGAGUACGAGCAGUCCUUCGCCUUCCUCCCGCUCCUCCCGGCCUCCCUCAACCUCCUCGCCCGAUCCCUGCUCGCGCCGCUGGUGCCGGUGCUGGGGUACAGGGCCGUGCUCGUGAUCUCCGGAUAUGCUCUCAACAACGCUGCGUUCGUCGCUGCCGCGGCCUACUUCUACAGACUGUCUUUGCUGAUCUUGAAGAAUCCGAAUGCUGCUUACCGAGCAUCUGUUCUCUUCUGCUUCAACCCUGCUUCUGUGUUCUACUCAUCACUGUACUCAGAGAGUCUAUAUGCGUUGUUUUCACUUGGGGGAAUAUUCUACGUGUUUACCGGUGCUAAUACCAUUGCAAUGAUAAUGCUUGCUCUCUCCGGUUCAGCUAGGUCAAAUGGAGCACUUAAUGCUGGUUAUUUCUGUUUUCAGGCUUUGCUACAUGCAUAUGAUGCUGCUGUCCAGAAGAAAAGGCCCAUACUGGCAGUGCAGGUUCUUAUCACUGGAUUUUUGCGGUCUGUUUUUAUAUUUCUACCAUUCUUUGCUUUCCAAGCAUAUGGAUAUUUGAACAUAUGCCUAUACGGAAAUAUGGAGGAGAUGAGGCCAUGGUGCAAAGCUAAAGUGCCUCUUUUGUAUGGAUUCAUUCAAAGCCACUACUGGGGGGUUGGCUUUUUGAGGUACUUUCAAGUGAAGCAGCUGCCAAACUUUCUUUUGGCUUCCCCAGUUUUGAGUCUUGCAGUUUAUUGUAUUAUUCAUUACACAAAGCUGCUUCACCGACUCUUCAAAUCAAUUAGCAUACACGAACUGAUUGUUGCCACAGUUGAGGGGAGAUCAAGUGAAGCAUAUAAAAGCUCAGAUGUUGACACAGUAUUGAAUAGUGGAUUUUCUACCACAACUAACAAAGCACAAGGACAUGCUGAUGUAAAGAGGAGAAAAUCAGUUGCGACGGACCCAGGAUCUAUGCAUAACAACAGGUCAAAUGACAAAAUUCUUGAAGUUAAUGAGGGGUGCCCCAUAUUAGUUCUUCCUUUCAUUUUACAUCUGGCAUUCAUGACGUUCACUGCUUUCUUUGUGAUGCACGUCCAGGUAUCAACACGAUUUUUAUCUGCUAGUCCUCCAAUUUACUGGGCGGCAUCGCACAUUUUGGUCUCCCCCAAAUCUAAAAGAUGGGGCUACUUAAUCUGUAUUUAUUUUAUAGCCUAUAUUCUUCUCGGUAGCUUGCUCUUCACCAAUUUCUACCCGUUCACGUAAGAACUGCUGUGCCAAUCAUAUGACCCAACGAUCCACGCUGUAACGUAUUAGUUUGUGCGAUUUUUAUUUAUCACUGCUCGGAUGAAUGCAACUAGUUUUCUAAAGACUCUCCUAGGUAGAGCGUCCCUGUACAGCUGAUGCACAUUUUUGUUCCCAUCAAAUUUGGAUUUUUAGCAUGAAGCUUGUUUGAAUUGUUGUCUUGAACUAAAGAGAUGAGAAUUUUUACCAAGCAAUU